GAUUUUAUAUAUUUACUGCCAAGUCGACCAGCAUUUUGACUUGACGACACAUCGAUCAUUCUUUGAGCUGAAGUUUGACCGCGAAGUCAAAAUUUCUAAUCCAACUUCACCCAGAUGCUUAAAGAAAUAAUUGAAGCUUCUUAAGCUGCCACAAUCCGAAGUCAAUUCGCAAUUAUUAUACGAGAAAAGUCAGUGGAAAUUAUUAUGAUUAAAAUUUGUCAUGGUGUCCUGUCCAAUCCAAUUACCGACAUGCAAGGGUUCAAAAAUAAACCCCAAAGAUCCAUAAAAUCCAAGUAUGAAUAGCAGGCGAUCAGUUUUUUAUUUGAAAUCAAAAUUCAUCGAAAGUUGGACCGUAUUUUGGAACUCACACCAGAAAUUCGAAAAAGAAUGUGUAAUCGAACGCGUUGGGGACGCAUCGAUCCCAGUGUUGCUGUGGAUUUGAUGCCGGGUCACACAGGUCGUGAGCUCCACCUAGACCAAGGAACGCUGCCCGGCUAUGUGCGGCAGCAGUUGCUUUUGAUGGCCUCACCAUCUGCGUUUCUCAAUUACCUAAACAAGUUUCGGCUGGACACCUUACUGAUUAACCAUCAUCUCAAAGGAGUCUACACUACGCGCACUUCGGCAGCAGUCACCAAUCUAGCGAUGCACGCGUGGCGCCAGAUGAGCAUCGUCGAUCGUCAGCCGUACAUGCAGCUGGCUGCCGAGGCUCAGCAGGUUCAGCAGGCGCGCUUGCUCCACUUUCUGGGCAGCCAGCGCAGCUAAUCAUUCAUUUCGCUAGAGAUUCAGUGUUUCUCAAUUUCAUUUUCGUAAUUUUUUUUUGUAAAAUAAUAACUAAUUAACCCAUUUUUUGCUCGGCACGU